UUGUUAAAUGGAUAAACUCUUGGAGUGAAUUUUUAAAGCCAGUACGUGAUAAUGAGCUAGCUUUUAGUUCAAUUAAUAUAAAUGAAAUUCAAGGUCAGGGAUUGUUUACUCUAGACAAGUGUGUAAUAGGUGGUCAUGACACUUGACUUCAGAUGGUCUGGGUUACAGUUGGUCUGUGGCCCAGGAGGAAGGUGGUUCUGAGCUCCCUGGUGUUUACCAGGCUGCAGGGGCAAUGCAGGCAGACUUCAGUUAUAAGAGAGGCGAAACUUCUCUGUCUCUAGCCCCACAUGUGCCCAGCACUAUACCAGACACUGUUGCAGCCAGGGAGGAGAGGAGGACAUAGAAGAAAUGGAGAGAAGGAUGCAUUUCAGGAAGUUAUCUUCAAGGAAUACACAUCUAGCUGGGGGGGGCUCCCUGGAAGACAAGGUAAUGAGGAGUCCAUAAUAGCCAGAGAAAAGGCUGGAAAAGUGAUCCAAGACGGCUUCCUGGACGGGAAGGUAACUGAACAGAAGCAGAAUUCAGGACGAAGUGAAGGGGUUAUCCUGAGAAGUCAGAAGAUAGGGAACUAGGAAGGCACUGGCCUCAGUGCUAUGCCACGCAUCCUUUAAGGUCUGUCUUGAUCAGAGUCCCUCUGCAAGCUCGGUGCUUUCACAGUUUAACUGUGCUAGAUACACUUGGGAAGUUACUCGCAGGCCCCAAAGUUGAACCCAGGGUGUGUGACACGUCAUGUGGUCCAACGAUUUGGCCACUAGAUCAUGUUUUCUAUUUAUUUAUCUGAUCCCGAAUAACAAGCUGGGAAGUUCUGCUUCACGGGGGUGGCGUAAGUGAUGGAAGUGAGAACUGUGUUUCCUAAGCCUCGUGUCCGGCCCCAUGGUCUGACAAGCGGGAGUGAUCUUGGACAACAGGGAGAAUUUUGCAACUGUCUGGGAAAUGUUGAUGGGUGAAUGAUGAGAAGUGAGGUGACUCUGGCCCUGGCCUCGGGUGGGGAAAACACCGGCUGGCCGCUGCGGGCCUUUCCCCGUCCCUGCCCACCUGACUCAGUUGCUUUGGGAAGUCCCCUUUGCUCCGGCUCCAGCUGGGCUGGAGCAAGCCUGGCAAAUGUGCUCCCUCCCUCCCUCCCUCCCUCCUGGCUCCAGUGCUUGGGCCCGGCUGUCAUUACACUCACUCUGCGCUCAGCAUGGGGCUAAAUAAGCCAUUCCCUGUCUGUGCCGCCUGCCUGGGGCCCUGACCACCCGUCUGCCUCAUAACCUCCUCCCACAGGCGCUGGUACACACAAUGGGGGCUCAGUAAAUAUUAGUUGGUGAACAGCAGGCUCAGGGUUCUAUAUUUGUUCCCUGCUUCUGGAUCACCACUGAGUUUCUCUUUUUUAUUAUUAUUUUUCUUAGUUUUCCCAUCCUGUGCUUCCCAGCAGAGCGAAGUUUCACAGGGAGAGUGAGUGGGCUCUGCUGGCUGCCCUCCUGCGCUGUCUGGAAAUUUCCCACCCUGGGUGGGCUUUGACUGUGCCAAGGCUUGAGGCGAAGUUCCUGGGAGCCGGAGCUGGAAGAGGAGAACGCAUCCUUUUAGGGCUCAUUUAGUCACCAUGAAGCUGCUGCACCCGGCCUUCCACAGCUGCCUCCUGCUGACCCUGCUCGGCUUAUGGACACCCAGUCCCGAGGCUCACGCUUCGUCCCCAGGCACGCCCACUCUCAGCGCUGCCUCCUUCCUGCAGGAUCUGAUGCGUCGCUAUGGCGAGGGUGACAGUCUCACUCUGCAGCAGCUGAAGGCCCUGCUCAACCACCUGGAUGUGGGGGUGGGCCGGGGUAAUGUCACCCAGCACGUGCAGGGACACAGGAACCUCUCCACGUGCUUUAGUUCUGGAGACCUCUUUGCUGCCCACAAUUUCAGCGAGCAGUUGCGGAUUGGGAGCAGCGAGCUCCAGGAGUUCUGCCCCACCAUCCUCCAGCAGCUGGAUUCCCGGGCCUGCACUUCAGAGAACCAGGAAAAUGAGGAGAAUGAGCAGACGGAGGAGGGGCGGCCGAGCGCUGUCGAAGUGUGGGGAUACGGUCUCCUCUGCGUGACCGUCAUCUCCCUCUGCUCCCUCAUGGGGGCCAGCGUGGUGCCCUUCAUGAAGAAGACCUUUUACAAGAGGCUGCUGCUCUACUUCAUAGCUCUAGCGAUUGGAACCCUCUACUCCAACGCCCUCUUCCAGCUCAUCCCGGAGGCUUUUGGUUUCAACCCUCUAGAAGAUUAUUAUGUCUCCAAGUCUGCAGUGGUGUUUGGGGGCUUUUAUCUUUUCUUUUUCACAGAGAAGAUCUUGAAGAUUCUUCUUAAGCAGAAAAAUGAGCAUCACCACGGACACAGCCAUUAUGCCUCCGAGACGCUUCCCUCCAAGAAGGACCAGGAAGAGGGGGUGAUGGAGAAGCUGCAGAACGGGGACCUAGACCACAUGAUUCCUCAGCACUGCAACAGCGAGCUGGACGGCAAGGCGCCUGUGGUGGAUGAGAAGGUCGUUGUGGGCUCUCUCUCUGUGCAGGACCUGCAGGCGUCCCAGAGUGCUUGCUACUGGCUGAAAGGUGUCCGCUAUUCUGACAUCGGCACUCUGGCCUGGAUGAUCACACUGAGCGACGGCCUCCACAAUUUCAUCGACGGCCUGGCCAUCGGUGCCUCCUUCACUGUGUCAGUUUUCCAGGGCAUCAGCACCUCGGUGGCCAUCCUCUGUGAGGAGUUCCCACACGAACUGGGAGACUUUGUCAUCCUGCUCAACGCUGGGAUGAGCAUCCAACAGGCUCUCUUCUUCAACUUCCUUUCUGCCUGCUGCUGCUACCUGGGUCUGGCCUUUGGCAUCCUGGCCGGCAGCCACUUCUCUGCCAACUGGAUUUUUGCGCUGGCUGGAGGAAUGUUCUUGUAUAUUUCUUUGGCUGAUAUGUUCCCUGAGAUGAAUGAGGUCUGCCAAGAGGAUGAAAGGAAGGGCAGCAUCUUGAUUCCCUUUGUCAUCCAGAACCUGGGCCUCUUGACUGGAUUCACCAUCAUGUUGGUCCUCACCAUGUAUUCAGGACAGAUCCAGAUUGGGUAGGGCCCUGCCAAGAGCCUGUGGGACCGGAAGUCGGGCCCUGGGCUGCCCGAUCCCCAGCCCGAGGACUCAGCGUCCCAAAAGCACCACAGAAGAGGCCGUUCCAUUCAAAACUGACACAGACUGUAUUCCUGCAUUCAAAUGUCAGCCGUCUGUAAAUGCUCGAUCCUAGGAAUAAGCUGCCCUGGUAACCAGCCUCUAGCUAGUGCCUCUUGCCCUCUCCUCACCUCCUUUUCUCUCAGUGACUCUGGAACCUGAAUGCAGCUUGUAAGACAAGCCUGACUUUUUUCUCUUAUUACCUAGGCCUCCUUCUCUUGGAACCAGUGCUUAAAGGGUUUGAAUCCUUUACCCAACAAUGCAGAAAUAGAGCUGGUGGUUAUAACUUGGCUAGAAA